CCUUACCUGUCCCUUGCUCCUAACUCCGACCUCAACCAAGUCCUUUAUAGAUAAAAAAAACGGCUCUUUUAAGAGCCAACAUCUGUCCUUUGUCCUCUCUCUUUGUGUGAGACAGUGUGUCUCAUUUGUUUGUAUGUGUUUGUGUGUGGUUUUUAUUUGUCUCCCUGUAAGACCUGUUACCCCAAUUUCAGUGGCAUACUAAGUCUCUGGUAAGUAGUGUCGUGGCUUGUUUAGGCAAUAUGUCAUCACUACAGGAGGCAGAGGCUCAUCUUGAAGAGAUGGAGAAGGCAGCACUAUCUAUGAUCAAGGAGCUCAACGCAACUCUGUCACCUAAGAAAAAGAGAAAAUCAAAACCAAAACCAAAACCUUUGGUUCGAUGGAGGAAACGGGACAAAGACGGCAACAUUGUUCCCCUAAGACGCAAGUCCCCCUCAUCAAACUCAUGUGCGAAACGGGUCAGAUCAUCCACUCCCAGUGUUCCUGAGGGGGUUUCUGUACAGAUGCCCGAUGACCAAGAGGAAGGACUUGAGAAUGCACUAAAAGAACUUGAGAGUCUUCUCAGUGUUUCACACGAUGACACCGAUGUCGUUAUUGAUGCCAGCACACCAACAACAGCCAGCGACUGGAAGACUCGAAACAUCUUCUCGUCAGAGAGAUGGAAGGAAGCCAGACAACAGCUUGUGGACAAUAUGCUCAGAGCAAACUGCAUCAAACCACAGCUCUGUCAGAGAUGCUUAAAGAAGGAUGCCACAAUCAGAUGCGCUGAAUGCAUGCCCAUGCAAUACUACUGCUGUGAUUGUGACAUUAGCCAUCAUCAGUCCCAAGCACUUCACAAUCGGGCAUCCAGGAUUCAUGGCUUCCACAAGCCACUGCCGCCAACAGUUGUGGUGAAAGAUGAUGCUGACGGGCACUAUUCUCAUCACAUAUGUGUAAGAAUAUUGCCAAUGGAAAUGCCAGACCAUAUUUGUGAAUGCCCUCCAGAGAGUCUAAAUGUUGUUCCAGGGAGACCUAUAGUCUUCAUAAACAUGAAAGGGCGAUAUGAUCUGAACCUCCCAGAGCUGCGGUGUGGAAGCUGCUGUGCUAGCUGGAAACCAGAGCUCAAAGAUGUACAAGUUAGCGGCUACUGGCCGGCCACAAUAAGUUUUUACACACUUUAUGAUGUAGCCAUAUUUCAAGGGUUCAAAGAAAUGAAGCUGGUUGCUCCAGGGAAUUCUCGCUUGAGCUUCAUGAGAAUGCUCGAUGCACAAACAACAGAGUGUGGCAGGACUGGUAAAGUGUGUUCUGACACAUUCUACAAGAGCUUCAUGGAGUGGGUGAUAAGCUCUUACGAGGUGAACAAAUUGUGUUCAGAGCAGCCGUUCAUCUGCCCAGCCUGUUGUCCACAAAUGCUGGCUGUGUCCGUCGAUGGAAACAGGAAGCACUACCGCUUCAAAAAGGAUGGGUGUACUGAUGAAGCAGGUUACUUUGAGGGUGUAGUUCUCUGCAAAGAUGAUGAGGUGGCAGCCUUUGUGGAAGACAUCCAAAGGAGGACCAAGCAUGUGCCAGGAAAGGGGGUUUGUGGCAGGUCUCAACUGAAUGCAGCCAAAGAGACGAGUAAGAGGAGUAGCUCCAGCCUUGAUGAGCAGGGUAUAGAAGUAGCUGUGUGCCGACAUGGGAUUAUUCUUCGUGCUCUGAAUAUGUUCAGGGGUGAGAUCUUCGCUUAUCCCAUGUUCCUGCAGAAGGAAGUCUCUGCCAUCAGUCCUCCAACCUUCUUUUGCAUGGACGUUAUUUGCAAAUAUUGGCCUUACAUAAGCAGAAUUUGUGAAGCCUACCCUGAAUAUCAUCACCUCACUACCAUGAAACCCUUUCUGUCUGUGCUCCAUGCUAAAGCACACGGUAUCAAGUGUGAGAUAAAAUGGGGAGGAGGAAAUCAGGAUGGAGCUGGUUCCACCUUGGGAGAGGAGGUGGAAAUGGUCAACUCCUUCCUCUCCAGGACUGCCAUAAACACCAAGUUUAUGGGAAAAGGAGCCCGCACAGACAUGCUGACUGUCCAGAUCAUGGACUGGAACAAAAGGAAGGUGAAAAACAUGUGCAAUACCUUAUGCUCCAGAUUUCAUAAGACACAAAGGGAUCUUCAGAGGGAGAGGCAGAACCUAGAGGCUAUCAAGGAGGACCUGUCUUUGAAUGAUGAGACUGUGCGGCAGUGGGUCACAGAUGUACAGGAUUGGGCUGAACAUGAUUCACCAGCUGGCAGCAGUGAUUCUCUCCUGGAAGUGAGGAGAAGAAUUGAGGAGAAUUCACUGGGCCUGAGACAACGUAGAGCCCGUCUCUACAGUCAUACAGACACCAACUCAGGACGCUCUGUGAUUCGCAGCCGCAUGUGGAGGGAAAGGAACCAGCUUGAGGUCCAUGUGGCUCAGCACGACGAGAUGGUCCAGCCACAACAGCAAAUUGGCGCUGUUGAAAAUCUCUUAAAUGCUGGCUACAUCUUUCCGUGGCUGUUGCCGCCCAGUGAUGGCAUUGAUUUCCUUGCAAAAAAGAAGGUGUUUGACAAUGUCAUGCAUGUGAAAAGACUUGAGGAGGAGGUCAAAAUCCUUGCUACCGAAGUAAGGCAGCAUUGGGAGUACCUCAAGAAAAGGGAGCUUGACUUGAGUGGUCUUUUAACCAGCAUAGAGGGUAGCCACAGGAGUCUCUCCAAAGAAGGCCUUCAAGGUCUCCAGGGAGAGCUCAAGUGCAAAUUGUUUCAGCAGCGUUCUCAACUUGCCUUAGUGAGGCAAAAGUACUUGGAGCUAAUAAAGGCAGGGCUUCAAGGGUCAAUGCUGGACCUUGUUUGGGGGGAAGAGCCUGAAGAGUCUGAGGAGCAAGCUUUAAGAAGUGCUAAUGAAAGCUCCUCAGAUGAGGAGGACAUUGACAUGCAGGGUCUUGACAGUGGACAGCAGAUUCCAGAGGAGGACGUUGUUGACCCUUAGCAAUCCUAAAUACUGCUGUUAGGUUUAGGGUUAAAUAGUUAAGUUUACUUUAAGUGUUUUUAAUUGUCAGAUCUGAUAAAGCGGCAUCAGUUGCACUUCUGUCCAUCCUGGGAGAGGGAUCCCUCACAUGUGGCUCUCUCUGAGGUUUCUACAUUUUUUACCCCCUGGUAAUAGUUUUUUUUUUCGUAGUUUUUCCUUACUCUUUUGAGGGUUAUGGACAGAGGAUGUCGAACUUUUGUAUUCAUUGUAUAUUUGUAUAAAUAAUAUCAAUGUAGGGAAAGCCAUUGAAUACCUCGAUAUUAAAACAUAUUUUUCAACAACACAAUUAAGCCAUCAUAAUUUAGUAUGUUUUCCAAUGUAUUGAUGUUCUACUUGUAUUCAAUAAAAUAUUGUCACUGCA